AUGGCACUGGUUUGCAGACAUGAUCGUGUCCUAUGGAUUGCAAACCUGACAUCUGCGGGCAAAAAGCAACAUUAUGCACUUGCUCUCUUGGACUGGUUGUUCAAACACAUCCCCACUCAGAUGACAAUCGGGCUUUUGUACGACAUCGGAUGCCAGCUCGAACGGAGCUGUCGCAAGUGGAACUUCAUGGACGAUUCCAUUCUAUCUCGCAUCACAUUUGCUGUAGCUGUGUUCCAUGCCUAUGGUCACCAGUGGGCGUGUCAGAUUGUUUACCACCCCAGGAAGCGUGAGGGAUUCGGCUUGUCUGAUGGCAAGGGAUGCGAGCGGUUAUGGAGUUUCCUCAAGCCUCUCAUCCCUUCCUUGCGUGUUUCAGGGUUUAAUCAGCGACUUUUUGUCCUCAAUACUCAAAUUCACCACUCAAAAUUGUUGCAAGGAUUCGGACACUGGCUCCAUCGGCGUUGGAUCCACUGUCAAUCGAAGAAGAAUGAUGCGCUGGACCGUUUGCACGCCUUGGAGUUGGACGAGAAUGCCCUCCGUGUAGAGUGGAAGGCCCAGGUUGAUCACCAGAUGCGACCCACACCACGACAAUCUAGGAACAAGGCAGCGGAGGUUAUCACUAUCAUCCUAGCACUAGAGAAGACACUACAAACUCAGGAGGCCUCCAUACACGAACUCGAGAUGCAACUCCAUGGUGUCCGUGUCCCUAACAUUGGGGAAGUCACGGCACUUGGAAUGGAGGACAAGGUCAACCUGGAGAAGAUGAAGAAGGAUACUUACCUUACAGUUCGCUUGAAUGCGCUCGCAAUCAAGACUCGCAUCCAUGAUCGCCUUCGUCAACGAAAAAUUGAACUUGAGAGACUUGAGAGAUCGUACAGAGCCACGGUCAAUGCUGAGCGUAAGCUUCAUCGGCGAGCACCCCGUUCUGCUGUUCCACCUCAUAUCAUCCCGCGCAAUGGCAUCUUCCAGCUCGACAUUGAUGACGACAUCUGGCAAGACGUUGGGCUGGAUGACGACACUUUGAACCCUCCAGCGUGGCUAUCGAAUGACAUGGUCAGGAAUGGUAUCCGGUUGCAACUUGAAGUAGACCGGUGCAAUGAGGAGGAGGCUCAACUGACGUGGGAGAGGGCCGUCAUUCAAGAAUGGAUGUUAGCAGAGUGGGACAGUACGCAAACUGCCUUGCAUAAAGCAGUCGCAGAUCCAGUGAUGUUUUUCCACCUUCGAUCUCGCACAGAUGAACUUCUUGACAUCUGCGUCAUCUGGAAGAAAAAGGUUCAAAACAUUCCGUGCGCGUGGCCUAUGAUUGCGAGUUGGGGACCCUCUGACGAAGCUUUGGUUCAAGCCGCUUAUAAUCAGGCGCAAUCGUCGUUUCGGGGUGAGGAUGAUGACGAGAGUCUGGAAGGAGACGGAGAGGAUGAUUGUGAGAGUGACCUUGAGUAUGGCGAAAUUGAAGAUGAGGAAUUGAUGGACGCUAUCGAGGAGAUUGCAUUAGCGGAUGAAUAUAGGUAUGGUCAGAAUGCGGAGUUCACGGAUGACUUAGAUGACUUGGAUGACAUUGUGGAUGACUUCAUGCCUUCUUCCCCUAUAAAAUCAUUACACAAGUGGUGCAACAUUUAG